AUGGGAUUGUCACUUAAUUUAACCAAAUGCAAGGUCUUUACGUAUCAUGGAACAAAACAUCCUGUUGAGUUUCACUAUAGUAUUACUGAAGUAAAUAUCUCGUGUGAAUUAAACUCUAUUACAAAUCUAGGCUUUAAGUUUAGUUAUAAUCUUGAUCCUAUGCUUAAUAUUGAUAAUGUUUGCUGUAAAGCAUUUAAAGCGUCAGGUUUUAUUAUGCGUUUGGCUAAAGAUUUCAAGCAAGGACUUUCACUUAAAGUACUAUUCUGUUCUAUAGUCAGACCUAUUCUGGAAUAUGAUAGUGUAGUGUGGGAUCCUUAUACUGCCUUGGGCUCGCUACAGCUUGAGCGAGUUCAGCGAAAGUUCCUACGCUUUGUCAGCUACUCGCUCAACUUAGUCUGUCCUAAUCACGAUUAUGCCCCUGUCUCGAAUUUGCUUGGCCUAUCCUCAUUAGCUGAGCGUAGACGCAAUGCUGGAAUUAAUAUCCUAAUUGGUUUAUUGAAUGGCAAUAUUGAUUCGCUGAGCCUAUUGUCUCUCAUAUGUUUCAGAGUACCUUAG